AUGAGGAAGCCAGAACUGUGUAGUGGUAAAAACAACAACAGCAAGUUUAGAAAGGGGUUGUGGUCACCAGAAGAAGAUGAGAAGCUGAUGAACUACAUGCUAAACAAUGGACAAGGAUGUUGGAGCGAUGUGGCAAGAAAUGCUGGCCUCCAACGGUGUGGCAAAAGUUGUCGGCUGAGAUGGAUCAAUUACUUGAGGCCUGAUCUUAAGAGAGGUGCAUUCUCACCCCAAGAAGAGGAACUCAUCAUCCACUUCCAUUCCUUUCUUGGAAACAGAUGGUCUCAAAUAGCGGCGCGUUUGCCUGGGAGAACCGACAAUGAGAUAAAAAACUUUUGGAAUUCAACGAUAAAGAAAAGACUCAAGAACAUGUCGUCCACGACCACAACCUCAACCUCACCAAAUGCUAGCGAGACCUCAUCUGAGCCAUGUAAAGACCUCAACAUGGGAGGGUUUAUGACUACACAACAUCAUCAACAUGCAAACUUUGUGCCUGUUUUUAGUUCAUCCCCAUCACAGUCAAUGCAAGCCACAGUUUUCGAUACUAUGAUUUUGCCUAUGUUGGAUCAUGGACUAAACAUGCCACACGCUGGAGGAGGGUACUUCGAAGGCCCAGGGCCAUGCUUUUCUCAAAGUGAAGUUGACAACAGAAUUUCUUAUUUAGAAAACGGAGUGUUUGGGAGUGUAAAUAUUGGCGUAGAGGGGGAUAUGUUUGUUCCUCCCCUUGAGAAUGUAAACACCAGUUUCCAUGAUCAUAACCUGAGUAGCACGUGCAAGAGAGAAAUUAACAGCAGUUACUUUGAUGACAUAAAUAGUAUCCUCAACAACUGCAACAUUGACAUAACUACUGAGAAUAAGGGUGGGGUGGAGAACUUGUUUCAGCAAGAGUUAGCCACGGGAGAAUGGGGCUUUGAGGAGAUGAUGAAAGAUGUUUCCUCCUUUCCGUUUGUUGAUUUUUCAUUCUGA